GCAAUUUCAUUUGCAUAAAUAUUUAUUUUUGGUUGUUCAGAAAAGUCUGCGAGAGAGAAAGAGAACUCGUAAGUUUUCGGGUGUGGAUGCCAAAGCUGAGCUGUGUUUGAGAUGGAGCCAAAUCAUUCAGAUGAUGAUGAUGCCAUGGAAGGUCUUGUGAAUGAAUCUUCGUCCCCAUAUCUAAAUGGAAUUAAUGGAGAGCCCCAGGUGCUUCCUCGUGUUGGAGAUGAGUACCAGGCAGAGAUCCCUCAUCUAGUCCCAGAGCAUGAUCGCUCAAAGCUCAUUGGAUGCUUUGGAUUAGAUCCCCACCUGGUCACAUUUGGCUUGCCUAUCCCACUUAUGUGGACAAGAAGUGAGAAAUUCAAAGGUUUCCGUGAAGCAGCCGAGAUUGAAGAAGAAAAAAGGAAACCUUCUUGCCAACCAGCUGCUAGAACGAAACCGAGGGGUAUUGUUCUUGCGUUGCCAUGCCAAAAAAACUCAAAGUUAAAGUUCGAGUGGCUCGGUAAGUGCCUCUAUCCGUUCCCUGGGACUUUAGGCGAACCUUGGGCAGACUCCGAGCGAGAGAAGUUUCUUCUUGGCCUCUACUUGAUUGGGAAAAACCUUGUCUUGCUGCAUAGAUUCGUUGGGAGUAAGAAGAUGGGAGACAUGCUCUCAUACUAUUACGGCAGCUUUUACAGGUCUAAUGAAUACAAGAGAUGGGUAGAUGGACGCAAGUCCGGGAGAAGCAAACAGUCUGUUCAAGGCCACAAGCUAUUAACAGGCUGGAGGCAACAAGAAUUGCUCUCUCGGGUCUCCUCUCAUGUAUCCGAGGAAUGCAAGAGUCUGCUGCUUCAGGUAUAUAAAGCAUUUAGAGAAGAUAGGAUUGAACUGGAGGAGUAUGUGUUCAGUUUAAAGGAUAUGAUUGGUGUCAAUAAGCUUACGGAAGCGAUUGGUAUAGGUAAAGGCAAGAAAGAUUUGACGUUAGAGGCGACCAAGUUGAAUAAUCCUGGAGGAGGAGCCUCCAAAGUCCGAAUACGGAAUGAUCUUCCCAUUGCGGAUAUUGUCAAGUUUUUAACCGGAGAGUAUAGGAUGAGCAAGACACGGUCCAGUGACCUCUUUUGGGAAGCUGUUUGGCCACGUUUGUUGGCGAGAGGGUGGCACUCGGAGCAGCCGAAAGACGGUCCGAAGAACUCUCUUGUUUUUCUGGUACCGGAAGCUAAUAAGUUUUCCAGGAGGAACAUGUCAAAGGGGAGUCACUACUUCGAUUCUCUCACUGGUGUCUUGAACAAGGUUGCUUUAGAUCCCACGCUUCUUGACCUCAAGACUGAUGAGGAGGAUAUUGGGAGCAGCAAAAAAGAGGAGGAAAUCAAGAAUGACCCGGCGAUGGAUAUAGAGGAGUUUGAUGAUGAUGAUGAUGAUGAUGAUUCUUCACAAAACAAGAGCAAGAAGAAGAAGAAGAAAAGGUACCUAGAACCACGCAUCAAAGCAAGUAAAGGUGAGGAGGUGACCAUGUGUACGAUUGUGGAUACAAGUGGUGUGGAAGAAGGAUGUGCAUUGAAAGAGCUAAGAUCUUUGCCUAUUGAGACAGGCAAUUCAACAAGUUACUUGAGUGAAUCUGAGGAUUACCAGCUGUCUGAAGAAUCUAAAAACAAGGCAACAGUCAGUACUAGUUCUGGUAAGAGCAGCUCUGUAAACAUGGACAAUGAGAGAGUGCAGAAGAACAGGAAACGAGGGAGACCAAGAAAUCCACCCAACAGGAGUAGUUUGGCAGAUUGUUCUCAGAAACCAGUGAAGAAGGGGACACAGAUAAGACCAAACCCAUCAGAAGCUGAUCAAAAUGGGGUGUUGAUGAGAGAGGAGCAUAUCCAUCAAGGUCAGCCUCUGAAACUCUCCUCAACUGGUUCAUCUGCAGAAGAUUGCUCUUGUGGAAGAAAUGAAGGCCGCCAAAUAUCACCAGAAAUCAGAGAAGAUUUUGACUUGAACGUUUCACAAAUCUCACUAGAAGCUGAGGGGGUGCGUAACAGUGAGAGCUCUUGUGCAGCACAGCAGUCAUCUAUUCAAAUGGAUGAGGAAAUGCCUCGAGAUGUGGUGCAGGUAAACGGUCCUGGGCGGAGGCAGAGUACAAGGACCCGACCGCUGACUGCAAAAGCACUGGAAGCUUUUGCUUUUGGAUACCUUGGUAACUCGGAAAAGAAGAGAAAAUCUACGGAGGAGCAGUCAAGACCAAAGUACACAAAGCGCAUCCGUAAACCAGGAGGAAUCUAGCAGUUAGAGAGACGAUACAGAGUUACAAAAAAUGUUUUGCCUUUUCUUUCUUAUUGAUCAUUGUCAGGGCUGAAAGAAAGCUAUGGUCUUAUUUUUACUUUCACCUUAUCAACAGCUCAUCAAUUGUACACU